AAAAGCAAACAGUAUCAACUCUUGUGGUGCGAAAUUUAUCCAUAUCGUGAAUUGUUCGAGGAAUAAUCUACUAGUGCUAAACACCAGGAAUUCAAGCUUCAGGCACAAAUGGAUGGGAAUCAGAGGAAUUGUGUGAUAUUUGAUCAGUCGAAGAAUGAACUCUUCAAGUUGCACGAUAACUACAAAACGGUUCACAGAAAAAUCAAGAACGACUUCAGGAUCGAAAUAAAUAAAUCCGACAUCACAGAAAACAGCCUCAAGGAUGCCAGGCUGUUCAUUGCCAGUGGACCUCAGGAAAACUUCACAGAAGAUGAAUUUAAAGUCCUUAAGAAUUUCGUUCAAACUGGAGGCCAAGUGAUGAUUUUGCUGGGCGAAGGAGGAGAAACUGACUUCAAUACCAAUGUCAAUUUUUUCCUCGAAGAAUACGGAAUGAGUAUAAAUGCAGAUGUAGCCCUGAGGGCCAGCUACUACAAAUUCUUUCACCCAAAGGAAGCCAUCGUGUGCGAAGGAAUUGGCACUCAGAGCCUCCUGAAAGUGAUCCGGGAACAGAGUUCAGCUGAUUGGGAUCAAAUUGAUGAGAUCAUUAAGCCAGAGUUUGUGUAUCCCUUCGGAGCCACUCUCAACGUUAUAAAUCCCUCAGUGGCUCUCCUGACCACUGGACCCGUUGUCUAUCCCUUCAAUCGACCAAUUUGUGGCAUUUUCUGCCAUCAGAGUGGUGGGAAAAUCCUGGCCAUUGGUUCUGGACACAUGUUCAAUGAUCGAUACAUUUGCGAAGAAGCCAAUAUGAUCAUCUGGGACUAUAUUUUUCGCCUAAUGACCGAGGAGAUUCCUCUGAGUCAACUUCAGCUCAACGAUAUAGAGAUAUUUGAUAACACUCUCACACCCAACACUAUCUACCUGGCCGAUCAGCCCAAAAUCUGCCUAGUGGAGGCGAUAGAUUGCGAGAUUCCGGCGGAUUUCAAGAAAAUGUUCGACAUGCAUUUGCAUUCCAUCAACAAUAAUUCCCUGAGGGAAGUCAUUUCAACCUACGAGAAGCUGGACGUUCAGUAUGAAUCUCUGAAGAUCAUCAAGCCUCAAUUUGAGAUCCCUUUGCCCCAGCUGCAGCUGGCAGUGUUCCCGCCAGUCUUCACGGAUCUCCCGCCUCCGGCUCUUGAGCUCUUCGACCUGGACGAGGCAUUUAGCACCGAGAAGGCUCAGCUGACUCAACUUACCAACAAAUGCCUCCUGGCAGCCGAAGACAGGAAGGAUGUGGAUGAGAAUGAACUGAAAUACUUCAUUGAGGAAUGCGGAAGGAUUCUCAAUGUCGCUCCGCCGGAAGAGCAACUGUCCGCCCGGGAGAUUCUCAACAGGAUCGGCGUGAGGAUCACACAGUACAAGAAACUCGACAGAGAGUGAAAAC